AUGGGUCCCUUUUGGCCAGGUCUCCGCUGCGGCCUCUUCCUCCUCCUGCUGUCGACCUCCAUGGCCCCCAGGGGCCUUUCUGGAGCCCAAGCCCAGGCCGUCCCCAAUGCUGCCCUGAGUCCCCCUGGAGGCCCCGAGGACAGAAGCCGGCCCAACUACGUGGCUGCUCCCGGCCACAGUCCAGGGGACCACCGAGAGGAAGAAGAAGCCGCCUCGGCCGAGGCUGGGCUCUGGGGGGCCCGUCACGAGGAGGCCGAGCACAGCCACCCUGAGGACGUGUCUGUGGAACAUGGGCACUGGGGGGGAGAAGAGGAGGAAGAGGAGGAGGACGAUGCCUCCCAUGAGCAGAGGACCCAAGGCCACGAGCAUGAGGAUGAGGACGAUGAGGACGACGACGACGAUGACGACAAUAAGAGUGCCUCACAGGAGGAGGCCUCCUGGGGUGGCCACAAGCCCCAGGCCCCGGAGGAGGAGGAAGAGGAGGACGACGGCGCUUCCACAGAGCACAGCCACAGGGACUUUGGGGACCGAUGGCACGAGGAGGAAGAGGACACGUCAGCAGAGCUCGGGCACUGGGUCAGCCACAGGGAUGACUCCAUAGAAGAAGGGCGCCUUGGCCCAGUCUCUGCCAAGCCUCCAGGUCGGGAGGAGGAGGAAGAGGAGGAAGAAGAGGAGGGCUCUGCGGCCCAGCACAGCCACUGGGGAGACCCCGCAGGCAGCAGGGGGCCCCACGAGGAGGAGGAGGACGACCAAGCAGCUCGGCACCACAGCGGGGCCCAGAGUCAAAGAGAGUCAGGAGAGGAGGCUUCUGCCGACAGUCAGGACGACCACCGAGAAGACGGCAGCAUCUCUGCCGAGCGUGACCGCAAGCCUCCGGGCCCUCAGGAGGAGGAGGAGGAGGAGGAGGAGGAAGGCCACAAGAGAAGCCAGGAGGAGGCUGAGCACCAGGAAGUCUCCUCCACCCAGGAGUCCUUGGGGGUUGAGGUCCCAGGUGAGGACGAAGAAGAGGAAGCUGAGGACGGUGUCCCAGAGGCCAGAGACAGCUCUGAGGAAGCAACCAGCAGGGCUCCUGGAGAGGAGAGCCUGGAAGACAUCAGUGAGGAGGGGGAGGAGGAGGCCAGAGGCCAGGGCCAGGAGGAGGGCAAGGAAGAGGAGUACCAGCCCGGCUCUCUGUGCCAUUACUGUGGCUUCUGCAAGAGAUGCACUGAGUGCGAGUCCUGCCGCUGCGACGAGGAAAACAUGGGAGAGCAUUGUGAUCACUGCAAGCACUGCCAGUUCUGCUAUCUCUGCCCUCUACUCUGCGAGACGGUCUGUGCCCCUGGAGGCUAUGUGGACCACUUCUCAUCCAACGUCUUUCAAGCCUUGACCGAGAUGGUGGAAACUCCAGAGGCGUGAUGAACUUCUGGACAAACAGCAACCCCCACUCCCGGCUCCACCCACUUAUUUAUUAUGAAUAAACCCUAUCCUUGCA